CUGCUUGCCAUGAAGAAGAUUCUCGCUGAUUGACCACUGUGCUGUACCAUUUUCUCGUCACCACGAAUCUCACCUCAUCUGACGCCCACGACACAACAUCCCAGUCCAUACCGUGCAGCACUUCUGCUCCACAAUCAUGGCCUCACCUGUUUCCACUCCACCUGCCAACUCCGACCCAAAACUCCCUUCACGACCUUCAGCAACAGCUCGCACCGCCGCAUCGAACAACUCCCCAGCAAAUGUGAUUCGCAAACGCUUCUCCACUGACCGACUCGCGUCACCCUCCCCGCCAUCACCAUCAUCACGCCGAAGAUCCUCCCUGAUAUCAUACUCAAGUCUGGAAGACGUAAACGAUCUGAUCAAUCCGCGGACGAAUGCUGUGAGGAGGACAACUCAAGCAGAUAACGAAGGGACACAUUGGCAUAACUCUCCGCUGGCGUUUGCGAUACUACCACCAAUAGCGGGUCUGUUCUUCAAGGAUGGCUCCACUCUUGCUACGGACUUUCUACUGCUCGGUCUGGCUGCUAUAUUCUUGAACUGGAGUAUAAAAUUGCCUUGGGACUGGUACUUCUCCGCUCAAGCAAAGCGUCAAGAUGUGGAACCUGAACCGGAAGACCACGGCGGUCUGUCUGACUUGGAAGAAGAGACAGCCGUAGAGUCAGCUUCCUCAACAGGAGACUCUCCCAAAGAGCCUGCGUCUCACAAAGAGAACGAACUCCGCUCUGUAGAGAAAGAGGAAGCAGCAGCCUCCCUCCGUCGACAAGAGAUCCUCGCUCUCCUUGCGACCUUUGUCUUUCCCGUCCUAGCUGCCUACCUCCUGCACGUUAUCCGAGCGCAACUAUCCCGUCCCUCAACCGGUCUGGUGUCUGACUACAACCUCACGAUCUUCCUGCUCGCUGCCGAAAUACGGCCAUGCCGACAAAUUGUGCGGCUAGUAACAAACCGCACCCUCCACCUCCAUCGCACCGUUUCUGGAAGCUCUUCUUCAGACGAAACGUCCACUCCAUCCUCUGUCGCAAUCCUCAAUACACGGCUCGCCGCACUCGAAGCCAAGAUUUCCGACCAAAAUCUCUCUCAGCCUACGUCCUCCAUCGCACAAAAAGCUGAGCUCUCCGACCUCUCCUCCGAGUUGAGAAAACGCUAUGAACCACGCCUUGAAGGCCUUGAACGUGCUGUACGACGCUACGAAAAGCGUUCAACUACACUCGCCAUGGUGCUGGACCAGCGGCUACAGAGUCUCGAAACUCGGCUACAAGAUGCGCUGAGUUUGGCAGCUGUAGCGGCGGAGCAUUCACGGUCGAGAGGU